CUUAGUUUGCUGCCAUUGGUGAAACAGUGAGGUUGUGGUUCUCUAAGUCGGUCGCCAUACAUACAACACAUGCUCGCGGCGCACGCCGGAGCUGCUGUCGACCAUCGAUCCCGCUCCAUUCCAUCAUCAUUCUGUCCGGUGUUGUGCUCCAGUGCAGUAGUGCAGAUACCGUCUCGUCUUUUCACCCGCUGCUAGUGGAUCAAAUGCUAGGGUACCAACUGCGAGGAUCAGCAGAGGGGCAUUGAGAAAAAUAUUCAGUGUCUAUCGUUUUAUUAUUACUGCAGUCAACAGUGGAUAAGUAGGCCCAAAACGUGGUGGAGUAAUAUUGUUGUGUUUUGUUUUGGCGUCAAGUGGCGAAGUGGUGAAUGCUGAAGGUUCCAAGCUGAAUCUUGGCCAAUCCGAAUUUCAAACGAGUGAGUUUAGAGAGGAUCUUUUCCCGCGGCGCGAUUGUUCAGUGAAAAACCGAGCGUAUAUGUGUGAUCAGGCUAAACCACGGAAGAAAAAGGAAAAGUUCCAGUACAAUAAAUCGAUUAUGGCUGCUACCAGUGUUGUGGUUCUGGAUCGUGGCAAUAAUACGACCUGUACUAUCAAUUUGCAUGGAGCAACGGUGGUAUCCUGGCGAGUCAACAACCAGGAGCAACUGUUUGUAAGCAAAUUGGCCGUAUUCGAUGGGAAAAAGGCGAUACGAGGAGGCAUACCAUUUGUCUUUCCACAAUUUGGUCCUUGGAAUUUUGGACCCCAGCAUGGUUUUGCCCGGGUCGUACGAUGGACACUGGAACGAGCGCCUGAUCGAUUGCCCAGCGGAGAUGUAGAAGCCGUGUUCAGCUUGAUGGAUAAUGAAAUCACACGAUCCAUGUGGAACUAUCCCUUUCGCAUAACUUACCGGCUCAUCCUACGGGAAAAGGAACUACACUUUCACAUCGGCGUGUACAACCCAAGCAAAGAUCUGACGUUCUCCUUUAAUUUACUUCUGCACACCUACCUAAAGGUCCCGGACGUUCGAAGGUGUCAGAUCACCGGAUUGCACGGGUGUACCUUCAUAGAUAAGACUAGAGAUGGUGCUAUUUACCAAGAGGGUCGCGAUGUGGUGACAAUCAACGAAUGGACAGACCGAAUCUACCAGCAUACACCCCAAGAGCAUAUAAUCACCAAUGUGGUGUCUGGACGAAAAAUGCGAUUGCAGAAGUACAAUUUCCCAGAUACUGUUGUGUGGAAUCCAUGGAUGGAUAAAGCUCGAGAAUGUCAAGAUUUCGGUGAUGAUGAGUACCCUAACAUGAUAUGUGUUGAAGCUGGGCAUGUGUCGACCCCAGUUAUCCUACUACCCGGUACCGCGUUUGAGGCGAGUCAAAUUCUUCAGGUUAUGUGAGUAGAAACCCAGGGAGGUACUGUGACCCGCAGUAAAGGUUCCUCCCGAGCAAAAUCCAAGAAAAACCAGCAACAGCAGCAGCAACAACAACAGCAACAGCAGAGUCAACAAACUAACCAGCAACAAAAUCAAAAUCAAAACAAUCAAAAUAAUCCACAAUCUCAAACCACACAGCAUCAGCAGAGCCAACAGCAGCAACAACAACAGCAGCAGCAGCAACAGCAACAACAACAGCAGCAGCAACAACAGGUCACGUUACAGCAACACCAGCAGCAGCUAGCAUCGAAUGCCGCCGCUCUGUGGCAAGUGCCAGCGGCAGCAGCAGCUGCGGCCGCCUGUUGGAACAACUACGCCAACUUCCAGUCUGCUGGUGUCUUAGCAUUCAAAAUGCCACCGUCCUGUGGGGGUCUCUGUGGUCCCCAGAACAACUGUGAGCUGUGUUCGCUGAACUCCAAUUGAGUGAAAUUGGAGGAAGAGCGCCUAUCUCUGCUAGGUGAGUUAUACGACAAUGUAGACAAAUGUGAAUAAAACAAAGGCUGGUGAUAUUCACAUGACAACACAUGGAUUUUGCUCAAAGAAAAUGCAAAAGGGUUUUUUAUGUUUAAGCUAACAUGCACACACUAUUUUCAAUGUAUUAAGGCGAUAAGUGUGUACAGACAAAAAAUCACAAACGAUUGGUUACACCUAUGUUCAGAAGGCUUUUAGUUCCGCGACAACGUAAAAGGCGAAGUGCCCACGAGUAAAAAUAGUGUAUUUUAAAUCUAUAUGACUUAUUCCUAGAUACGUUUUUUUUUUGGAACUAAUUCUAUUUUCAUAAAAAAUAAAAUCAAAAUAAUAGAAUCCCCUGUCACUAUUCGCAUGUUCCGAAAUAUUUUUCAGCGAUAAAUAUAGUAAACAAAUCACACACCCACACAGUUUUCGGCAUUGGUUCUUCUACCGAAGAAGAGGCCUGGUAACUUAGUUCUAAAAACAGCUGGAUAAAAUCAUUUUAUCAGCCAGGCAAGCUGCACAAGCAAAAAUCAAAGGUGUGCCAUCGCCGUCGAGCGAUGGGCAAAUAGAAAAUGAAUCAAUUACGCAAACAACUAAAAGAAUAAUUAUAUUUUUUCUUAUGUUCUACCACGUAAACGUUUGACUGCAACCAUACGUUGUACAGCUAGAAAUAACAUAAUUUACUAAAAUAAAAGCAACCAGGGACAGACAAUGGUGUUAAAUGAAGCUACCAAGUAGAUAGUUUGUCUUAAAUUUUUAAGUGAGAUUUUUAUGCAAACGAUAUUAAUAAACGAAUUUUACUGAGAACUACGUGUCAGGGAAUGUGGCGAGAGUUAGAGUUACUUAGUUUUAAGUUAAAGCUGUAAGUUUUCAUUCUGUUAUUUCCGCGUUCAUUCUUCAUUAUUUAAUACGUUUUUUCUUUGACGGUCGCAAGGUGCCACCACAAAACAUACAAUUAGAAUGCUUGCUAUUAUGGACUUGGUUAAAUGGUGUAAACUGGAGGGUGCGGCAGAAGCUGCAAAGCUAAAUUAAUUUAGAAGAUUAAUGAAAUAAAUUAUGAGAAAAAAAAACAGGUCUGUAGAUAGAGUUCUAUCGAUAUUACUCUGACGACAUGCGCAAUUUCAGCUAAUCACGAUUAACAUUGCCUGCAGCAUUGGGCCAUUUUUGUAGGGUUAAGAAGUAAAACAAUUUCAAGCACAAAAUCACCGUGGCAAUGAGACAGAGAAAGAAAGGAUGAGAAUGUAAAGGCCUAGAAUGAAAAAAUUGGGGUAACAUUAAACCAUAGCAAAGCAUGAGAAUAAUUUACCUGUAUGUAGAAUAUAUACUUGAGUUGAGUUUAGAUUUCGUGACUGCCAUAUUGGUUAUUUUGAUAAAUGAGACAAUAUUCUAUUCUCUCUGAAGGAAUGCGUUAAUUUUAUUCGUUGAACACUAUCGAUUUUUCACUGUGAAUGGUCUACUGUUAAUUGCUUACGGGACAUAUACUAAAUUAAAAAAAAAAACUUGUAUACGAUAUCUUUCAUUGACUGUAAAUAAACAAUUCGUGUUAGGGCGCAUGGCAAAAAGGAUGAGAAGUGUGAAACUAUUUUUUUGGCAACUUAUUUUAUAAAAUAAAAUUUUAAAUAUCACAA